AUGGAUUUUGGCGAUGAACAAGAAUCAACUAUAGUUGCGACAAAUUCAAGCAAAGAAAACGAUGAUGUGGAAGUAAAGCACACGAUUGUUGUUUCAACGAAAUUAAAAAAUAAUAAUAAUAGAAGAGGUUUGCAUACUUCCCGAGAUGAUGGUGGUCCUGUAGCACAUACAUUUAGUCAAGGUAGGAAUAUAAAAGAAGAAGAUAGCGGGGAAGUCCCUGUGAUGAAAGGUUACAAAGCAGUGGAAACUACAAAAAUAUUAACGCCCGAUACACGUCUGAAAUCACCAGUUAGUUCUGUGAACGGUUAUACAAGGUACAACGCACCAGACGAAUAUGAUAUCUAUCCAAAUAUAGUAACGAAUCCAAUGCAGUUUAAGCCUUCAAAUUUUUAUAACAACAUUAAUUGGGGGAAUCAACAAAGCUCAAGAAGUUUUAACAAUUAUAAUAGGAGAAAUGAUAGAACGGGUUUUCCAAAUGUUCAACAAUCCGGCUUUCAUAGGAGUAUAUCUGAUGACAGCGUUAGAGAUUUUUAUUGUAAGAAAUGUAGGGAGCUAGGUGGAAUGCAAGAUUUUAAAGGAUGUAUACAGCAACGAAGUAAUCCUUGGUAUAACGAGAAUACAACUCCGAAGAUCAAGAUAGACGGCAAAUUAGUGAAAUUAAACUAA